AUGUAAAAAUACGUUGCUAAAAUAGUGUCUUUAAAUUUCAAAAAUAUUAUAAUGGGUGGCUUUGUUAACUCAAAAAUUUAAAAGGCAAGAGGGGAAGAGCAUUUUUUUUCAGAGUAUGAUAAGACAUUUUUGAUGUCGGAUUAUAUUUAAACAUGUAUUAAAUAGGAACAGCUCAUUAUUCCAGUUGAUUUUUCAAAGGAAAGCAGGUUUGAUGAGUUUGCUGAAGAUCACUUUGAUUUUGGAAACAUUAAGAAUGAACAAUGA